AUGAGUCACACAUCGUUCGCUUCACCGGUCAGAAUACCGAACAAAGUGGUUAUUGUAACCGGUUCUAACACCGGUAUCGGCUACGAGACCGCCAGGGAGUUGUCCAAGCGUGGUGCAAGAGUUAUUCUAGCAUGCAGAGACUUACAAAGAGCACAAAAUGCGGCGUCAAAGAUCCAAUCAGAGACCGGUAAUGAUGUUAUAGUCAAACGCUUAGACUUGGCAUCAUUUAAGUCUAUCCAUUCGUUUGCUGAAGACAUCAAAGCAAAUGAAUCCGUUAUAAACAUUUUAAUCAACAACGCUGGAACGGGAGUUUUAGAUAAUUCUCUGACUGAAGACAACUUGCCAAUAGAAGCCCAAGUUAAUCACUUCGGUCCAUUCUUACUCACGAUGUUAUUAUUGCCAUUGAUGAAAGAUUUGCCCGAAACAUCGCGAAUAAUCAACGUAUCGUCCGUUAUGCACAAAUUUGGAAAUGUAGAGAAUCUGGACAAACAGGCUAAUAGCUUUUUGGGUUGGAGAAGAGUUUAUUCUAACACAAAACUAGCAAAUGUACUGUUUACGAAGAAAUUAGCUGAAGUAGUGAAGAGUAAUAAUGUAACUGUGAACUGCUUACACCCAGGGGCAGUGAGCACCGACAUCUUUCGCAAUCAACCAAGGAUAAUUAAAUUCCUGUUGAAAUGUAUGUUUCUGACGCCGGUUGAGGGGGCACAGACUUCGAUAUAUUUGGCGCUAGCUGAGCAUCUAGACAACGUUUCCGGGAAAUACUUCAGCAACUGUGCUGAAGAGACGCCUUCUAAAAAAGCUAUGGACCGUGAAGCUGCGGAUAAAUUGUGGGAUUUAUCUUUGAAAGUCUGUUUUGGAAAAGAGGGACAGUAG